AUGUCAAACACAUGGAGAGCUCGAUGGAUGGGGCUUGUUGCCAGUACAGCAUUUCAAUAUAAUCCAGCAGUACAGCCAAGGGCCUUUGUGACACUCGGUUGUCUUGCGCGUAAUGAAGUUGAUGAUGAUCUUUUAUACCAGAUUUUAGUUGCUUUAAGAGGAGCUUUGUCAAAUUUUACCGAGAAUGAUUGCUCACUUAUUAUUAGUAUUGUAAUGUGUCUUACGAACAUUGUAGAAAACUUACCUGCAGACUGCCGGUAUUUACAAUCGUUGUUCUGGUUAGCGAUGGCACUCGUUCAAAUAAGUCAUAUUCCCGUUUUUCCAAGUGCAAUUAAUUUGUUAAAUGUAGUUUUAAAGGCAUUAGAUGUCCAUAAUUUCUUUGCCAAUGAAGACAUUGCAACAGUUUUAUUAAAAGCUCGUGUUCCUUUGGAGUCUAUAGCAAAAAGCAUGGAUAGAGAAGCAGGCGUUAAUUAUGAACAUUUUUCAUUUGCAGUUUCAGCAAUACUAUUAAAAGGAUUAAAAAAUCCUGUUACAAAGACUGGAACAAAAGAUGUUUUAAAUGCAUUUUUGGAUAUUGCAUCUAAAGGAGUUGGAGAUCACUCAAAUAACACCAUAAAUUACAGAAUGUUAGGAUACUUGGCUGCAUUGUUACCAGUUUCUGCUAAAAAUGCCGACAUGAAAGAAUUACUUUGGCUUUGUGGAAUAGUUGAUUCCGAAGUUGAUAAUUCAGAGUUAGGGACAACGUAUUAUAAAAUUUUUGAAAAACUUGAUAUCCCCGAUAAUAAAACUGCUUUGCUUCUAAUUUCCUUGAUGGUUGCCAUGUUACAAACUGCUGAGCAUGAACCCGAAAGGUUAUUCUUGUACGGUUUUUUGGCCGAAGCCGCUUCAGCUUUGCCUCAAGUAUUUGCCUUAGUGUAUGAUUCUUUACUCCCUAAGAUGACACAAAUAAUCAAUAGUAGUGAGACUAUUCCAAUUCUUGAUUCCGUUCAGACUAUUCUAUAUACCGUGAUUUCUUCCGAAACACAAUUUCCAUCUAACAGAGUUGCAAGUCGAACAAAUCAGAUGCCUUCGUAUCUUGAAGACAUAGGAUUCACAAAUUUAAUGGAUUGUGGAUCAUUCCAAACUGUAACGAGAGAAAAAAUGAAAAUAAACGCAAUGUUAGCAAGUGAAUUGGUAGAUAAAAUAAUAAGUGGUUAA